GUGCAAACACCUCUAGCCACAGUUACAUUCCCCAACACAAAGCAUCUCUACCAAACCCACCCUCAGCUUCCAGGGGGCAGGUGGGGGUGGUGGUGUGGGGAACAUUGGCGGCACAGCCGAGAAGAUGGUGUUCUUAUCAAUGCCGACAUUUGUAUCCCCAGACAAGGCCACGAGGGCUGCCACAAGGCCGGCGUUGCCCGCCAGAGUGGGCUCCGUGUAGUUGUAGUUGGUGCGAACGUCCUUGAAGCCAUCGUGCCUAUCAGGUCCGGCCACCAUAGCUCCCACAAUGGUGUUUGGGUUGGGCUUUUUCGAGUCCCUCCACCGCCAGCCCCCCUUGCAGUUGUACUUCACCUUGUUCUUGGGAAUGGAGGCCCCUCUAUGGUGAACGUGUUUUGGGUAAUGGCUCCCGAAUCCCACCAAGUAGCUCAUCUUCCUCGGAAGUUGGGCCCACAGUACCAUCCGGGUGUGUCGGCAGCUUUCAUACUGUGGCAAGGAAUGCAGCGUUUACGACAUACUGAAGCGGCUGAGGGGCCCCAUGGUUCAACUGGAUCAUGCCACCUGUUUCGGAGAGUAGAAGGGAUGGGAUUACCUCGUGUUCUGUUGAACGAUGUGUAA